CUGCUCAGAGGAGGAGUUGGAGGCGCUGCUGCAAAACCUGGAGCUUGCCACUAAGAGGUGUGUGUCUGGUGUCUUCAGUACGACCCCAAUCAGCAUGAGGACAGCGAUGGUGAUACUUGGAAUGGUGAUGGUGGUAAUGGUGGUGAUGGUGAUCAGUUCUGAAAGGACAGAUGCCUGCCGUGAUGGCCAGCAAGUCAGGGUGAAUGAGAAGAGAACCAUUCUCAACUGUUCACUGUCACUGAGCUCUGGAGACCAUUUGGUCAAAAUUGAAUGGAGAAGAGACAAUGUUGUUAUAUUUUACUAUAGCAACACGAUCAAUCAUCAACUGGAAGCAUCUGAAGGAUAUACGUUCUUUGGGAACAUACAGAGUGGAGACGCCUCUCUGGCUAUCGAAUAUGUUUACGCCGUUAAAUUCAGAUCAUUCUCCUGUAAGCUGAUCACGUGGAGAGAGCUACGUAUCGACAACGCCUUUUGUUUAAUAAGUGGCUCAGGGGGGACACGUCAUCCUACAACUGCUCUUACUGCCAACCCAUCAAAACAAAAUGACGUGGGUGGCACUUCAUCUCCCCGUGUGUCGAUCGGAGGUGGCAAAGUCUACAUGGAAGAUUGGGUGUGGAUGGUGAUAGCGGCCGUGGGCUUCGUAGUCCUCGUCAUCAUCAUUGCACUCCUCGCCGUGUGGACCUACCGCAGGAAUCAGCAGCGGAUCAUCGAGCGCUACAACAACAGGAGGACGAGUGAGCUGCAGGAAUCAAUGUCCUACAUUAACAUCAAGGACGUUCCUGAAGAAUUUCUUUACGAAAACUAAAGAUGUUCCAUGCGGUGACAAUGCAGGCAUCAGUGUGCUCCUGCAUUGUCCAUUCUCUAUCUACUGCUGGGUGAAGGAACAACAACAACAAUGGAUUUGACACGUGAGGCACGAUAUGGCGAUACGACUGUGGUACAGCGUGCGAUGUAAGACGGUCGAUAACGGUCGUACCAUCAGCUUUGCGCAAGAUCGUCGUAUAGCGAUAAUUGUUGCAAAUUUAAUUCGUAAAUAAGAUGACAUUUUACUUCCUAACAUUACAUUUCUGAAAUAACAAUGAUUAACGCGUCACAUUUAUAAUUAAACAUGCUUAAAAAGUAAAUGGGCUUUUCUGUUUCUGGCAAGAAUACAGGAGGUGGUAAGAUGUUUAAACACCAAAGAGAUACAUAUUGCAAGGCAUCAAGUCUGCAUUAACCACACAUACUUGCGAUAACACAUGCAAAAAACAUGCUUUAAUAAUAAUUAAUGCAUUGUCGUUGAAACUGAUUGGCCUGCUCCAGAGACAGCCACCUUCACAGCUUUGUCUGACCAGUAUUAGACUCGAGAACGCCAAAAGGUGAACAGCACAAAGGCAAUGUAAAUAUCAAAGCAUUAAUAGCUCUGGUUGAGCAGUUAAAUCUACGGGGCCCUUUUUGCUGGCAUCAAAAUUAUAUAAUUAAUAACUUUUGUUGGUCAUACUUCAAUGCAGUCAUGCACAGGCACAAUGAACAAAACAACAAUGGUGUGCUAUUAUGAGAAAGCACCAUUGUUCGAAACGUGUCCCAUUCUAUUGAUUUUUAUUUUACGGCAGUGUUGUUGAUGAGUGUUUCUUGUGCGCGUUAAUUAUAAUUAAAGUUGGUCGUAAAAAAUAUUCUCGAUACAGUUUUCUUUGUUGGGUUAGAUCACGUAAAUGUGUUGUAAAUCCACCUCCACCCGACACAGCCAGUUAGUAAGGUCUGUCACACGUCAACAGACUAUGACCAUGUUUAACAAUUUUAAAUUGUGGUUUUGCUCUCUAACAAAUCCAUUAUUGUUUUCUGAAGUUGUAACAUACCAGGAACGUUCUGUUCACGUGACAAACUUUACUGAUUGGCUGUGUCGAGUGGAGGUAGCUUUGCAACAUAUUUACGUGAUCUAACCCACGACAAAAACACUUUAUCGUGAAUAAUAUUUGUCACGAAAGCCUACUUGUUAGAUUUUUAUACACCUUAAAUUAGGGCUUUUGGUAAAACGUCAUGUUUCUUCUGAGGGCCAGUGGUGGCAAUUAUGACGCCAUCGUUUGACCGUGUGCGAGGUCUGUGAGUAGCGGUGCGGAUCUUGAACAAGUUACGGUGAGGGAGAAUCAUGGCUGGCAAAAAUGUCGAGAAAUAUACGGUCUAAGGUUUAGACUCUAAGCGAUCUUUAUUCAUACCGGAAGCACGGACAAUCUCAGCAACAAUACGAUAACUUGCCGAACUCCUCUGAUAUAAAAAAAAUCACGCGUCAAAGCUGCUGAAUGGUGCUGAUGAGGUAUUAUUCCCAGUGAGGAGCUCGCAUCUGUCUCCAAUUCCAAAUGGCUCACAUGGCGGAGCCUAAACAGACUGAGAGUGGUUUUUGACAGAUGCAACUCUCUCAUGAAAUCAUGGCGGGGUAUUCUGCACAACUGACCAAUUUGCUUGUCACAAGAAACAAACCACAGAUCAUCUCCUGCGAUGUUCUGCAACAGCCCAAUGUACUCCUGAAGAUUUGUCAAUGCCACACCAGAAGUGGUGGCCUGUGCAGAACAUUGGGGAAAAACAACAUAGGUUGGACGGAAGACACAAUGAAGAAGACUUGACAAACGCAAGGGGUGCCACAAUGGCUUGGAGAUGUUAAAUCCCUCGCCUGAUGUGCAGAAGGUCGUGGGUUCGAUCCUAACCCUGACGAUGCCUAUUGUAUAUUUGGAGGCUGUGUGUGUCUCUCUCUCCCCGUGGUGGUCGCGUGCAUUUUUCUCCACAUUUAGAAACAUGUGUUUAGAGUAGUUGCCUGCUAUAUCGUUGAGCUAUCAUUUGUGGUCAUGUCGCUUCUGAAUAGGAGUGCUAUAACUCAGUGGGCUUUACCUGGUGAAAUAAAAAAUAGUUUCCUUCAUUUUAAUCACAUAGUUAAUGGAAAACUGAUAUCGCGUUAAUUGCCACACAGUGACAUGUAUUAACAUAUCGUAUCGUAUGAACAAUGACAUCAUUGCAAUCAUUGUUUAUUAGCAGUUCUACGUAAUUAAGAACAAAACACGAGUAUCUGAUUAUCCUCGUAUUUAACAAUUCACUGUGUAACAAAAAAAAUGUGUUCCUGGGUAGUGUUGUUAUCUUAUUGCU